UUUGAAAAAAUUGUAAUAAUUCCAAUUAAACGGAUCAUUUUGUUAAUAUCAAUCUCUACAAAAUUGACAAGCUUCUAGCGUUUUUCCUCUUUAAAAUUGGCGGCUCCGCAUGUGUUCUCCACGCCAUUUUUGUUGCUGCCAUUCACUCGGCCAACAAAUUCCCAUGCCAACUUGUCAACUUGAGAACCCUAAUUUAGCAUAUCAACAACGUUAACCAGAUGAGGAGAAAUUUAUAGUUUCAAGAAUUCGGAGUUCAAAUUUUGUAAUUGACGUACGCAGAACGUCCAAUUUUGUUACAAAUGGGUUCUUUUCCGCGUAGGUUCUUGUGGGCUGGUUAUCCCCCGUUGCAGAGCAUGAACGUUGCACAUUCUGGAAUUGUUGAAGGGAUUGAGAAAAAUAUUAGACGUAAAUUUAGCUCUGUUAUCACUACGGAACAAAAAACGCUGAAAUUGGAAGAGGAAGGAAACCACGAAGUAGAGGAUGAAAUUGCCAAGAUUCGGCACGCAUUUAAUUUUUUGAAGGAGAGGUUUCUCAAAACACCAGACACAUUGCACGGGAUUCCCAAAAUAGAUCCUAAAGGCAUAUAUGUGAAUAAGAACUUGAGAUUGGACAAUAUACAAGUGUACGGAUUUGACUAUGACUACACAUUGGCACACUACUCUGCCGAUUUGCAAAGCUUAAUAUAUGAUCUGGCCAAAGAGUAUUUGGUUAAUGAGCUUAGAUAUCCCGAUAGUUGCGUGGAAUUUAAGUACGAUAAUUCAUUUCCAAUUAGAGGUUUGUAUUAUGACAAGUUAAAAGGAUGUCUAUUGAAGCUGGAUUUCUUUGGAUCAAUUGAGCCUGAUGGAUGCUAUUUUGGAAGGCGAAAGCUCAGUCGAUCAGAAAUCAACGACUUGUAUGGCACACGGCAUAUUGGUCGUGAUCAAGCUCGAGGGCUAGUGGGUUUGAUGGAUUUCUUUUGCUUCAGUGAGGCGUGCCUUAUUGCGGAUAUUAUUCAACAUUUUAUUGAUGCCAAACUGGAAUUUGAUGCAUCUUAUGUUUAUCAAGACGUGAAUCGAGCAAUUCAGUACGUGCAUCGAAGUGGUUUAGCUCAUCGUGGGAUUCUAUCUGAUCCGAAGAAGUACUUAGUAAAGAAUGGACAGCUACUUCGCUUCCUUAGGAUGCUUAAAGAGAAUGGGAAGAAACUCUUCUUGUUGACAAACUCUCCUUACUAUUUUGUUGAUGGAGGAAUGAAUUUCAUGUUGGAGGACGCACUAGGCCACCAAGACUGCUGGAGGGAACUAUUUGAUGUCGUAAUUGCUAAAGCAAACAAACCAGAAUUCUAUACAUCCGAGCACCCAUUCCGCUGUUAUGAUGUGGAAAAAGACACUUUGGCUUACUCUAAGGUGGAUGCUUUUUUUCCUAACAAUAUUUACUACCAAGGAUGCCUGAAGACUUUCUUGCAAAUAACUAAGUGGAAGGGUCCUGAGGUGAUAUACUUUGGGGACCACCUCUUUAGUGACCUUAGGGGGCCUUCAAAAGCUGGGUGGCGUACGGCUGCCAUCAUUCAUGAAUUGGAGAAUGAAAUACAAAUUCAGAAUGAAGAUAGUUAUCGCAGAGAACAGGCAAAGUUCCACGUGAUACAAGAACUUCUUGGCAAACUCCAUUCAACUGUUUCCAACAGCAACACGAGCCACGAGUACAAGUCAAUUCUUUGUGAGCUCAAUGACGAGAGGCAGAAAGCACGUGCCACAAUGAAAGGGAUGUUCAACAAGUCGUUUGGGGCCACAUUUCUUACGGACACUGGCCAGGAGUCUGCAUUCGCAUACCACAUUCACCACUAUGCCGAUGUCUACACAAGCAAACCCGAAAACUUCAUGUUCUAUCCACCUGAAGCUUGGCUGCACGUGCCUUACGAUAUUAAAAUCAUGCCACACCAUGUGAAGGAUCUCAUACAUCUAACUGACACUUUGGUAGUAGACCUUUCGCUAUGCAUAUGCAAUUGUACCCUCUCUUCUCUUAUUAUCUUUGCUUACUUCUUUCCAGUUGGCAUCUGUAUCUCGACUCUUCUCAUCAGAAGAGUGCAUGCAAAAAUUUCAUCGGCCAGCGUGAUUCAAAGAGUCUCAAGAAUUGGGGCCUCUGCUCGGUUGAUUUCGGCUAGUGGUGUUAGUCGAGCUCGCGCUGACGGAGGUGGGGUGGUGGAUUUUGCUUCUCUUCCGGCCGUGGGGUUUCCGGUAGUCCUUUGUUGGCAGUUUCGGGAGUCGUCUUCUGGGGCUGCGUUCUUCUCUAAUGUUGAUGGCCGUGUGGCAGCUGGUCCAUCGUGCGGGCUGAGGGGAGGGUCUGCUCACAGGUUUGGUCUGGGGCCAGGAUUUCUACUUCAGAUAGGCUUUUCGGCAGUUUCGUCGAUUUCUCGGGCUGAGGAUUCUCAUACGGGAUAUAUCAAAGCCGCCUGCUGCAACUGCACAUCACCUGCCCCCCACAACAUAUCACGUCGUCGCCGCCGUCCGACUGCCACUUCUCCGCAGCCAUCACCGUCUACGACCUCUUCACCUCUCGCUGCCUCUUCCUCGCCUCGAUUGAAGAGCUUUUCUUAUAGCAUCGUCCCCGCCUUAAUUGAAAAUCCUACUUCCCGUUGGUUGCCGCGUUCGUACACUUCACAAUCGUCAGCAGCGCCGACGACGUUAUCGUCAUCCGGUACCUCCGAUCGCCUCAAUCACCUCACUGAAUUCCAAACCUCGGCACCACCACCACUGCCGCACCCGCCAUCAACCUGA